GGGCGAAGCGCUUCCAGCUCUUCCGUUGUCUCUAUUCAUACGCGAGCUGUCACUCAUACAGAGCUCACCUUCAAAUUUCAAACUCUUCCAAACUCCAUUUUCGUUGCACUGUGCAAUCCCACUUCGCUAGGUUUCAAUCGUUUCAUCAUUUGAACAAUUUUUUUUCUAAUUUUUUAAUUUUUUAAUUUUUCUGGAAUCGAAUUGGGACGGAGAUGGCGGCGUCGAACAGAAUCGAACGCGCUCACCAGAUGUACCGUGACGGCCGUUACGGCGAGGCGUUAGGGUUUUACACGGAGGCCAUCGCCAUGGCCAAGACCAACCCUCAGAAGAUCGCUCUGCAUAGCAAUCGUGCUGCGUGCUAUCUCAAGCUUCAUGAUUUCAAAAAGGCAGCAGAAGAGUGUACCUCGGUGCUUGAGCUUGAUCACAAGCACAGUGGGGCGUUGAUGCUGCGAGCUCAAACGCUAGUCACUCUAAAGGAGUACCAUUCAGCACUUUUUGAUGUCAACAGACUCUUAGAGUUGAACCCUUCUUCAGAGGUUUAUCAAAAUCUUCAAGCUCGCUUGAAGACACAAUUGUCACUUGCUCCAAUACCAGAAUCAGAAGAGGAGUUUGAAGAACAGGAAGAUGAGGAGCCUGAAGUGACACCACAAGGGGAUAAUAAAAAAGAUCAUAUUAGGACAGAUCAAAAGGAUGAACCUGGCAAAGGUGUUAUUGCUGAAUGUGCUCCUCAUGAAACAGACCCCAAGUUUUCAUCCAAGCAAGGAAAAAACCAAAACCAUGAACCUAAGAAGUCCACAGCAGAUGCUAUAGCUCAUGAAGCACCAAAUAGGGACUCAACUGAGCAAGAUUCAAAAGGAUGGCAAACAAUUCCAAAACCAAAAGGACAUUCAGCUCUAGACUAUGCACGGUGGGACAGUGUUGAAGAUGAUUCUAGUGAUGAUGAUGAUGACAAUGAAGAUGAAGAAUCUUUGCCUCAGUACCGAUUUCGUGUAAGAACAAUUGGUGUCCGUCCUGUAAAGUGAGAUGAUUCUUCUGUACAGUACCUGUAAAGUGCUUUUUUGAUCCUUAGUGAACAUAAAAAUGGCAUUUAAUGGGCGGGUUGCAAUAGCUCAAUCAUGUUGUCUGCCAUGGAAGAACUACGAAUCCUAGAGAAGUACGGUCUGUACUAUAUGAGUUGGUUUCAUCGUCAAUGGAGAUGAGUGAGCUAUUUGAACUCCGAAUUUCAUAUGGAAUCCCUUUGUUUGAAGCUGCUGUUAUCCUGAUGUUCUGGUCGUUUACAUUCGUUUGUGAUAGUAUGUUUAACUGUUUAAGGAUUCAUGUAUCCAUAUUGGACCAGAAGUGUUGGGAGAGUUUUUCAGCUGCUGAAGCUCAUAUAGUGUGACUGAAACCAUUGCAGCUAGAGCGAGCUGAUCACUUUUCUUGGUGAUAAUAUUUCUACAGCAAUAAAUAAUAUUCAAAUUUCCUGAUAAUUAGUCAUUGUAGAAAGACAAUUAUAUGGUUGCAGCUGCGAGCACCCUUUUGCUGUUUCUGUCAUUCAAAAGCAAAAUGAAGUCAUUCUAGUGAGUGGGAUGAUAUUAUGUUUAAGAACUGUUUAGUUUUUCUCCUUUUAAUAGUGCAGAGAAAGAUAACACUUACGAUC